AUGUCCAUUCAAUCCGUCACACCUGUUCCUACGUCACUAUCCUCCUCAUUUUCCCUAAAUCUUCCUCCCGAUCCUAAAAAUUGGUCUUCCACACAUGUUGCAGCUUAUCUUCACCAAUGUUUGCAAUUACAUCCUCCAUCGUUAAUCAAUGAAUUGUUGCAAUUCGUUCAAUCGGAUACCUCACUAACCGGCAGAAGAUUCUUACGGCUCAAAGAUGACCAAUUGAGAAAUUCUGGUUACGAUGCUCAAUGGAUAGAAUUUAUUAUGGUUGGUGUAAAAUCCUUGAGGAGAGAGCAACUAAAAGAAAAGAUAUUACUGAAAGAUGAUGGGAAGUUUAAAGAACUGGAGGAAGGAAGCGGUGAUGAAGAUGAUUUUUCCCCGUCCUUGUCAAAUCCAAACUCUAAUACUUGUUUUAAUGAUAACUCAACGGAAAAAUGUCCAAAAGCAUUCGAGUUUGAGUUUAGUAAAGAAACCAAUAAUACGUCAAGUUUUUCGUCUUUAACGACAAUGUUCUCUCUUAAUCCAGUUAAUUGGAUAUUAUCACGAAAUAAUGCUUCUGAAUGGUUAGAGAAUGAAAUUUCAGGAUGUGAGACAUAUAAAAGCGGAUUUACAUGGGGUUUUGUGCUUGGAGGUGCCAUUGUGUGGGCAUGUAUUAAAGUCACCAAAAGGUGA